GACGCUCGUGUGGAUAGUUCAUAAUUAAGGAAGUUAUUGACAACAGCGCUGCUUUCGGUGGUCUGUGGAUGAAACUGGGAAAUGUGCAAAGGUUUAGUGCUGCUGUGCCUGUUUUCCGUCUUUCAGACAGGCUCGUGGGCUCAGUAUAAUCCAGAUGAAGUCACUAACUUGCCCGGGAUGGGCUUCAAACCGAACUACACGCAAUGGUCCGGAUAUCUGCAGGCACGACCCGGCAAGUUUCUCCAUUACUGGUUUGUAACUUCUCAGAACAUCCCAUCUGAAGACCCUGUGGUGCUCUGGCUGAAUGGUGGUCCAGGAUGUAGUUCACUGGAUGGUUUCCUUUCGGAGAAUGGACCCUUUCACGUAAAUGAAGAUGGAAAAACACUGUAUGAGAAUCCCUUUAGUUGGAACAAGAUUGCAAAUGUACUGUAUCUUGAGUCACCUGCUGGAGUAGGUUAUUCUUACUCUGAUGACCAGAAAUAUGCAACAGACGAUGAUCAGGUUGCUGAGGACAAUUACAUGGCAUUACAGAGUUUCUUUUUCAAGUUUCCAAACUUUACUACAAAUGAGUUCUUUAUUAUUGGUGAAAGUUAUGGUGGAAUUUACGUACCAACUCUUAGUUUCCUAGUGGCAACAGGAAAAGCAAAAAUAAAUUUUAAGGGGUUCGCAGUAGGAAAUGGACUUGGCAGCUUUGCACUUAAUGAUCAGUCACUAAUCUAUUUUGGUUAUUAUCAUGGAUUAUUUGGAGAAGAUUUGUGGUAUGAUCUCACAACAAAUUGCUGUGGCAAAGACGGUACUUGCAACUUCUACAAUUCAACCUCAAACAUGUGUGCGACAAUGGUGAAUGUGGCAUUUAAUAUAGUUUACAACAGUGGUCUAAAUGUAUAUUCUCUCUACAUGGACUGUCAAGGCAAAUACAAAGCUUAUGAAAUGGCAAUGAGUCACCUUUUUAAAAACUUUCGAAAGAACUUUGACAAACAUAAGUUUGUAGGCUUCAUACAGCCCUACAAGGAUCUUGGAGAGGUCCCACCCUGCAUCGACAGCGCGGCUCAAACACAGUGGCUCAACAGAGGUGAUGUGAGGAAAGCCUUACAUAUUCCUGAUAUUUUGCCCCCAUGGGACCUCUGCAGCGAUUUUGUUGGUGGUAACUAUACAACCCUUUACCCAAGUAUGAAGGAAGUCUACCUGAAGCUGCUCUCCUUGGGCCUUCGAGCACUUGUGUACAAUGGGGAUACUGACAUGGCUUGCAAUUUUCUUGGAGACCAGUGGUUUGUUAACGAUCUUGGCAUAAAGGCCACCACAAACUACCAGACAUGGCUUCAUAAGGGCCAGGUUGCUGGUUUUUAUCAGACGUUUGCCAACAUCACAUAUCUUACAGUGAAGGGGGCUGGUCAUAUGGUGCCGCAGUGGGCCCCAGAUCCAGCUUUCCACAUGUUCCAGUCAUUUAUAACUAACAGUGAUUACUGAGAAUCUAUUCAUUUUCUGCACUAGUUUCUUAUUGAUCACAUUUCUCAGGGAAGUUUAUGGAACAAAUUAUUAAAUUUUUUUAGGAGAAAAUUUUGGUUUUAUUCUGGUCCAUUUUAGAGACCAAUUGCAUCUUAUACUGACCCAUUUUAUCUUAUCAAUUGUAAUGAAGAUUUUAGUCUGUUCAUAAUAAAUUAAGCAUAAAUAGUAUGUCUGCUCAGUUUCCUAAAUAUUGCUACUAUACUUACAUGAACAUAGAAGGGAAAUUUAUUUUAUUUUUCAAACAAAGGUGAAUGAUGGCAGUUAGUGCACCAUUAAGGAUAGAUGUUGUAACAACUUGGCAAAGGAAUUCUUGAAAUGUACCAAUGUUUAAGUAAUGUGUCUUUUUUAUUAAACAAUUUACAGUUUGAC